AUGCUCAUUAGCUUACAUCCUUCUCUUCUCUUUGCUCCAUGCUUAACAUCAGAGCUUAAGAGAGAACACUGCUACAAAGAGUGUGAAGAGGCUUUGGACAAGCAUGAGAGAAAGAGAUGUGAACUCUUGUGUUUGGAGAGAGAAGGUGAGGGGGAGCAGGAGGAAGAGAAGUCCCCAUUCUUGUUUGGUGAGCAGAGCUUCAAGCACUGGAUAAAGUCUGAGCAUGGGUACUUCAAAGUGCUUGAGAGGUUCUCAAAGAAGUCACCAUUAUUGAUGGGGAUUGAGAACUAUAGGGUUGCUAUACUUCAGGUUGAUCCAAAGACUUUUGUUAUGCCAAACCAUUGGGAUGCUCAUGAAGUCUUUUAUGUCAUUAAUGGGAAUGGAGUUAUAUCUAUGUUAAUGGGAGAAAAUCAUGUUCUUGAGUCUCAAGAAAUAAAUGAAGGAGAUGUUAUGAGAGUUCCAGCAGGUGCACAAGUGUAUUUGAUAAACAAGGAUGACAAAGAGAAGCUCAAGAUUGCAAUGCUCAUCAACCCAAUUUCAUCAAUUCCAGGUCGCUUUAAGGCUGAAAGAGGUGAACUAAGGCAUGUGCUUGGGCAUGAUCGGCAGAAGCAAGAUGAGGAUACAAUGGUAAAAGCAACAGAUGAACAGAUAAGAGGCAUUAUCAAGCAAUCGGAAAGUGGGAGUGGAACAAUACCAUGGCCUUUUGAGCAAUCAAACAAGCCAUUCAAUCUUCUCCACAAGAGGCCUUCAAUUUCUAACAGGCAUGGCAAGCUCCAUGAAGUCAAUGCCCAUGAUUACCAGCAACUACGUGAUCUUAAUAUUGACAUCUCCAUUGCUAACAUUACCAAAGGUUCAAUGAUGAUGUUGCAUUACAACACGGAAGCAAUCAAGAUUGUAUUGGUGAUAAGAGGAAGAGGACAUUUAGAGAUGGCUUGUCCACACACAGAAAGGCAGGAAGAUAGAAGAGAAAGGUAGCAAGAAGAAGAAGAAGAAGAAGGAGAAGGUCAAGGAAAACAAGAAGGGAGAGGAUAUUAUCAGAGUAUCAAAACAGAGACUCCAGGCAAAUUAGUAGUUGUCCCUGCUGGGCAUCCUAGUACUAGUAUUGCUUCCAGAGAUGAAAAUUUCAUGCUUCUGUGCUUUGGUAUUAGAGCUGAGAACAACCAGAGGAUCUUCAUUACAGGGAAGAACAAUGUUUGGACUAAGAUGGAGAAGGAGGCCAAAGAGUUGGUCUUCAGGGAUUCAGCAAGUCAAGUGGAUAAACUUCUUAAUGCACAAACAGAGCAAGGCUUUUGUUCUGGUCCAGAUAAGCCUUGGAAAGAAGAAAACAAAGAAGGAACUUCUAGAUUUGAACCUCUACUUGGUUUUACUGCCUUUUAA